CGAAGAUACAAUCUGAGCUGUGAGCAUCCGCAACCGAAACAGGGCCACAAGUCCGCAACGAACACAACGAAGAAGCUGGCGGAGCAAAGCGAGCGAGAGCAGAAACCGAAACUGCAGCCACAGGAUACCAAGGAGGCGACACAGGGACAGGCACAGGCACAGGGACAGGCACUCCACCACCACACACCCGCGCGUUAUUUGUGCACCGAGUGUCGUUUCAAUAAUCAGCCAUUGGCCUGGUGGGUUUCAUGUCCCCGUCUCUCGAAUCUGUCCACUGAACAGCUCCAGGAGCUCCACGAACAGCAAGCAAAAAUGCAGUCACACUGCCAGGCUGGAGGCACAGCCACUGGAGCUGGAGCUGGUGCUGGUGCCGCCGCCGCCGCCCUGCCGCGCUUCCCUCUGCAAACGGCCAAGCGGCAUUGUGACAAUUUUGGCAGCUAUGCCACAUUGCCCACGAUUGACCAGCAUCAGCAGGGACAGGCACAGGGACAGGCACAGCAUCCUGUCGCCUGCAGUCGACAUGGCGGCGCUGGCAUAUUGCCCGCCCCACCGCCACCUAGAUGGUAUGGGGGUGGUCCCGGGUCUGGUGCGAGUGCCAAUUUGAAUGGCUGCUGUUAUAUGUACAAUCCCAGCACGGGCACUCCACAUCACCAGCAUCAUCAGUAUGCCCCACAAUAUUGCCUCUGCGAUAAUUGGUAUCAACAGCAGCAGCAGCAGCAGCAGCAGGUGCACCAUCAGCAGAUGCAACAAAGAAACAAGCCGAAUGGCGGCUGCUACUUUGGCUAUGAGGGCCACUCCCACCCAACCAUGGGCAUGCCCAUGACCAUGCCCCUGUCCAUGCCCAUUCAUGCACCGACCACGACCCAUUUGCCGGUGCCACACAUUGCCGACGAGGAGGAUUCGGCUUUUCCGGCACUCGCCGAUCGGGAAUUUCAUAUGCUGCAUCGGAAUAUACCGGCAUUGCGGCGCACGGGUGUGGACACCACACGCAUCCGACAGUAUUUCUAUCCCGACGGUGGCUGGGGCUGGAUCAUCUGCGGCGUGUCCUUUCUCGUUCACAUUCUAACCACCGGACUGCAGCUGAGCUACGGCCUGCUGUUGUUCUACGCCGUACAGUAUUUGCAUAAUACCAGUGGCAUAGAACUCCUGGGCGCCCUGAGCUGGUCAAUUUCCAUGCUGGCCACACCGUUUGUGGUGUCCCUGUGCCGAAAGCGUUCCAUUCGUUUGCUGUCCAUUGUGGGUGGACUGGUGAUGCCUUUGGGCAUACUGUUCACCUCAUUUGCCACGGAAUUUGGACAGGUUGUUUUCAGUUAUGGCAUCGUCUUUGGCAUUGGUGUCGCCAUGGUGCGUGAGGCAUCCACCGUGAUGCUCGGCAAUUACUUUAAGCGUCGCCGUCAAUUCGUCGAAAUGGUGGCCAUGUCCGGUGAGGGUGUGGGCAUCGCAUUGUUCUCCGUCAUCCUCAAGGAGGGCGUGGGCAAGGCCGGCUGGCGCCUCGGCCUGCAGAUUGUGGCCGCCCUAACGGCACUCAGCUUCUUCAUGGGCCUCAUGUAUCGACCCGCCUCCCUGUACCACCCGCAGCGACGGGCCAUCCAGCAUCUGAAGAAUCAGCGCAAAAAGAUGAGGGAAAAGAAACCGAUUUUGAGCCAGGAAGUCGGAGGGGAGUCGCCCACGAGAUAUCUUUUUUUGGACAUAUCAUCACUGAAAUCGGUGACAGUUAAGAUUUUAUUAAUGACCUCCAGUGUGGCCUCCUUUGGCAUUUAUACACCCAUGUUCCUAAUGGCUCUCAAUGCCGCCAAGGAGGGCUCUGAUGUCCAGGAAUUGGUUCUACUGCAAACAUUUCUGGGCAUUUCCAUGGCCCUGGGUGUGGUUAUAGCUGGUGCUCUGCUGCGUCGCGUUUUUGUGAUCCGCCACUUUGUAAUUAACACAAAAAUUGUCACACAGCUCUUCAUAUCAAUUGUGGCGCUGGCCAUACUCUUUCUAUCCUUUGUCAUGGGCUACAAGGGCCUGUGCAUACUCAGCUGGCUAUAUGGCAUAGGCCUGGGCGGCUUUCAGUACUCGCUGAAGAUUUUGGCACUGGAACGCAUCAAACUUAAACACUUCUCCAAGGCUUGGGGUUUCAUUCGCGGUGUGGAAUCGGUGCCUGUGCUGAUCAGUGUGCCAUUGACUUCCUUUCUCAACGACUACUCCCUGAAGUAUGGUCGUGCGGGUUACUACAUUUGCUCCGCAGCUGCUGCCAUCUCUGGCAUCAUAAUCUUCUUUAUCAGUGAACCGCAGCACCAGCAGCAGCAUCACCAAAACCACCAGCAACACCAGCAGCACCAUCACCAGCAUCAGCAUCGAGGUGGACAGGCACAUUUGAAUGGACACCUGCCCACUCCCAUGCUAAUGCGGCACUCCUCGGCGCGACAGCAUCGGCCCACCCCGCACAUGCACAUGGACUAUGGCUAUGGGGAGUAUCCAGCACCAGAUCUCCUCAGUCGCAGCUGCAUUAGUCUCAAUCAAAUGGAUCCGUAUCUGCAGACCAGCACCAACUAUUGCCAACGCCACAUGCAGCAGCAACAGCAACAACAGCAGCAGCAUCAUCAUUCCCAUUCCCAUUUACAUGGCACUGGUCCACCUCAGCAGCAGCAGCAUCCACAGCAACUUGGCUGCCACAAUCUGGACAUGCAGCAGGUGCGCGGUGCUGGCGGCGCCUACGAGGUGGGGCAGGGCAGCAUUGGGGCACGUAUGGGCAAGCGUCUGCAGCGCAGUCUGUCCUUCAUACAGCAGCACAACUGCUGCGAUGGACUCUACUGCAGCUUCCACAGCACCUACGAGCUGGGCUGCCACAAGAGCAACAAAUCCCAGGAUGGCAGGCAGGCAUUGAUAUGCACCUGCAGUCCCAGCACCACCACCACCACAGCCACCAACUACGGAGGAGGACACAUGGCUGGAGCACACUUGGCAGGCGGCGGUGGAGGUGGAGGAGCGAACUCUACUCGCAGCCGCAGCGUUCCAGAGGGUUUAUCCACCAUGUCGCAGCAGUGUAACUGCCGGCACGGUUCAGGUCUAGGUCCAGGUGCAGGUCCCACUCGUGAGUUCAUCUACGUGCCGCAUGCCUAUGCCUCGCUGCAGAGAACGCCACAUCGUCAUAGCCAAGGAGCAGGAACGGCAGCAGGAGGAGCAGGAGGAGCAGUAGGAGGUGCCUGCCAGACAAUGCGAAACAAUCCACAAUGCCGUCUGAAGCGUUCUCAGUCCCUUUGUCGACCCGGCGCCGUGCAGUUUGUGGAGCAAAUCACCACCUCGGUGUAGGAUGUAGCCUGUAGCAUCUAUGUAGAAUGUAGCCCCAAUUGGGUCCUAUAAAACUUAUAUUUUGGUACUAUAGUAGUCCAACCCACACACACACAAACACACUUACAUGUUACGUGAAUCGAAUUCAGAAUUUUUGUCAGAUCUCUUCUAGUCUUUUGUCGUAGCUCUAUUAGAAAUGUAAACUUACACGCCCAGCUCCCAGCUCCAGGGAGCACUAACGGAAUGUGGAAAAUGCUGAAAAACCCACUGCCAAUCGCCACACCUUAAAUUUUCCACACACUCACAGCACAUUCAUUAAGCUAGGAUGAAAAUUUGUACUCAUUAGCAUAUGAAUAUAUUAUAGAGAUUACAGACAGACGCAAAAGCUUUAUCGGGUGUCUCAAGCUGAAAAUAAUAAUAAAUGGAAAGAACAGAAAACAAAAAGAAGAACAAAAGUAUUGAAAUGAUGGCAAAAGGAACAUAAAUAUUUAUGAGGCACUUCAAAAUGGGUAAAAUCGAAUCCAAUCGAAACGAAAAACGAACGCUAAAAAACAAAAGAAACUUCUUAAAUGGUCCAUUUUAUAAACGUGCAUACAAUUUAACCACCGAAUACCGAUUACCAAUCUAUAUACACUGCAUACAUGAAUACAUGUAUGAAUAUGUAAGGUCGACACACAUUACAGAUGUCUGCCCUGAGGCGGGACCCAGAGAGAUCCAGAGACACCAGCGAUCCAGUGCCAAGUGCCGCGUGCUGAUUGUCGUGACAGCAAAAGUACUUUAUUUUUCAAUAAUAUAUACAUGAACAUAAUUAACACAAAGACACAAAGAGGCAGAGACACAGAGAGACACAGAGAGACCGUAACUCAAUGAAAAUGAAAAUUACUUUUGCCACGCUGAUUGAGCGAGUGAGUGAGUGAAAUGAGCCUUAUUUUCCGAACUUAAGCGAAGCGAAACUGUUGCGAAACCGAUACCCAAACGAGGCAUAUAAAAUAAUAAUGAUUACCAUUAUGAUAAACAUAAUUAAUUGAUGCUGCAAAUUAUCACAGGAACCGAGCGUUAAUCCACCAUAAAUUGCGAACAACAAUGGCAGCCAAUAUUGGCAAACAAAUUGUAGCAAAAA